AGUCCCCGCGGCUGUCGCCCCCGCCGCCCGCCGGCCAUGCUGAGGGCGCCGCUGCUGCUGCUGCUGCCGUUGCUGCUGCCCCCCCUGGCCGGGGCCGCGGCCGGGCCGGCCGAGAAGCGCGUGGUGCAGAAGGAGGCGGCCUUCGAGCAGCUCUACGGCGACGCCGUGAACGAGCAGCUGCUCAACAUCUACGCCUUCAACCACAGCGUCUCGCGGAACCGGACGGAGGGCGUCCGGGUGUCGGUGAACGUGCUGUCCGAGCAGAAGGAGAGGCCGGUGCUCUUCGUGGUGCGGCAGAAGGAGGCGGUGGUCUCCUUCCAAGUGCCCUUAAUCCUCCGCGGCCUGUUCCAGAGGAAGUACCGGUACCAAGAUGUCAGCCGCACUCUGUGCCAGCCGCCGACCAAGAGCGAGGUGGAGACCCAGUUUUUCUUCGUGGACGUCUCCACCCUCUCAGCCACCAACGCCUCUUACCAGCUGCGCGUCUCCCGCGUGGAGAAUUUUGUCCUCAGGACAGGUGAGCCCUUCACUUUCAACGCCACAGCAGCCCAGCCACAGUACUUCAAGUACGAGUUCCCGGAGGGGGUGGACUCCGCCAUCAUUAAAGUGACAUCAUCCACAGCCUUUCCUUGUUCGGUCAUUUCCGUCCAGGACAUUCUGUGUCCUGUCUACGACCUGGACAACAACGUGGCUUUCAUUGGCACAUACCAGACCAUGACCAAGAAGGCAGCCAUCACAGUGCAGAAGAAGGAUUUCCCCAGCCACAGUUUCUACGUGGUCGUGGUAGUGAAGACCGAAGACGAAGCUUGUGGGGGGCCUUUACACUACUACCCUUUUUCCAAAGAUGAGCCUGUAGACCAAGGCAACCGUCAGAAAACCUUGGACGUCGUGGUGACCCCUGCUGUCAGUUCUGAGGCCUACGUGGACGGGAUUCUCUUCUGCCUGGGCGUCUUCUUGUCCUUCUACAUCCUGACGGUGCUCAUCGCCUGCUGGGAGAACUGGCGGCGUCAGAAGCGGAGGCAGCGGCAGCUCCAGUUCCUGAGUGCUGUGGACACACCCUGUUCCGAUGGGGGCGUACGAGGGAAUCCCCCGGAGCCCCUGGACCCCUUCCAGGGACACCCUCCUCUUGGCAGUCAGUGUUAUGGGUCCUUCGCAGACACCGGGUCGGCUGCCAGCAGCGAGAAUGUCACGGACAGCCUGCUUUCCACGGAGGCCUCCUCCACUUACGCUGGGCAAGAUGUGUGCCAGCAGCGGCAGAGACACUGGGCAGCCUUUGCAAUGGACCGUUCCCUGGAGAACCUGGUGGGGCGUCCUCGGCUUGACUCGCUCAGCUCCGUGGAGGAGGAUGAUUACGACACGCUGGCCGACAUUGAGUCGGACAAGAACGUCAUCCGCACCAAGAAGUUCCUCUGUGUGGCAGAUCUGGCCCGCAAAGACAAGCGAGUAUUGCGGAAGAAAUACCAGAUUUACUUUUGGUGAGGAAGUUGGGGGGGGGGCUGGCUGUGCGUCCCCCACAGAGCCCCUGGCCAGAGCCUCCUUUGCCCCCUGCAGGUGGUGAACGUGACUGGGAACCAGGACAUCUGCUACUACAACUUCCUCUGCGCCCACCCUCUGAGCAACCUCAGCGCCUUCAACAACAUCCUGAGCAACCUGGGCUACGUCCUCCUCGGCCUCCUCUUCCUGCUCAUCAUCCUGCAGCGCGAGAUCAGCUACAACCGGGCCUUGAUGCGCAACGACUUCCAGGCUGUGGAGUGCGGCAUCCCCAAACACUUCGGCCUCUUCUACGCCAUGGGCACCGCCCUCAUGAUGGAGGGCCUGCUGAGCGCCUGCUACCAUGUCUGCCCCAACUACACCAACUUCCAGUUUGACACCUCCUUCAUGUACAUGAUUGCCGGGCUCUGCAUGCUGAAGCUGUACCAGAAGAGGCACCCGGACAUCAACGCCAGCGCCUACAGCGCCUACGCCUGCCUGGCCGUCAUCAUCUUCUUCUCGGUCGUGGGGGUGGUCUUCGGCAAAGGCAACACGGCCUUCUGGAUCGUUUUCUCGGUCAUCCACAUCCUCGCCACGCUGCUGCUCAGCACCCAGCUGUACUACAUGGGCCGCUGGAAACUGGAUUCUGGCACCUGGCGCCGGAUCUUCCACGUGCUGUACACCGACUGCAUCCGGCAGUGCAGCGGGCCCAUGUACAUGGGGAGGGUCUUGAGGCUGCUUUCGGGCCUCAGCGACCCCCUUCCUCUCCCCAGGGCAGCCUACGGGCUGAUCAUGCGCCCCAACGACUUCGCCUCCUACCUGCUGGCCAUCGGGAUCUGCAACCUGCUCCUUUACUUCGCCUUCUACAUCAUCAUGAAGCUCCGGAGUGGGGAGCGCCUGCUGCCGGUCUCGCUGCUCUGCAUCGUCUUCACCUCCGUGGUGUGGGGCUUUGCCCUCUUCUUCUUCUUCCAGGGCCUCAGCACCUGGCAGAAAACCCCGGCCGAGUCCCGAGAGCACAACCGCGAGUGUGUCCUGCUGGGCUUCUUUGACGACCACGAUGUCUGGCACUUCCUCUCCUCCAUUGCCAUGUUUGGCUCCUUCCUGGUCCUGCUGACUUUGGAUGAGGACCUCGACUGCGUCCAGCGUGACAAGAUUUAUGUCUUCUGAGGAGCCCGGAGACGCCAUGGCAGGGAGGCCGGCGUGGCUCACCGGACGGGGCUCCUGCUGGCGGGUGCUGGGGCCGCAGCUGUGGGGCCCCCCUCACCAGUGCCUCCAGAGAGAGUCUGCGGAAGGGGAAGGAGCCUCCGAGGGCCGAGCCAGCCAGGGCGAAGGGCUCCAGUGCCGGCAGGGUUGCCUCUGCGUUGCCUGCAACUUUGGGGAGAGGCUGCAAGCGGAACAGCUGGGCUCCCCUUCAGUGGGGCAGCCCUUGGAAACUGACUCGGCUCCCUUCCUUGGUGCCUGCAUUGACCUCCAAAAGCCCCCCCCCCCCCCGCCCUCCGGUCCGGGCAGUGGCUGCCUCCUCCUCUUCCUCCUCCUGCCGCUGCUGCCCACUGGGUGCCAUGCAGUCACUGCCCAUGGAGAGAGGAAACAAGCCAGUGGAUCCCCUCUGCAGCUGAGCGGCCCCUGGGGGGCCUCCCGAGUCUUGGCCCCCAAGCAAGCCAGCCCUGGUUCCCGGGGGGGGGGGGUUCUGCAGGUAGUCCCCAUGGUGCAGGGGGGCAGGAGAAGAUCCGAAGGGCCAUUGCAAGGGGCCAAGUGCUCCUCUUCCCCCACUCAAAGAUCGGGCCUUCCCUCCGUGUUUGUCCCUUCCUGGUUUUGGAUUGUGGCUAAGACGGUUUUCCUGGAAAAAUGGUUCUUGGUAUAAAACACUGUUGAAGAA